AUGGAAUCUGAAAGUCGUAUUAAAGCAUACAGAUUUGUUGCUUAUACUGCUGUAACAUUCUCAUUUUUGGCAGUAUUAUUAGUAUGUGUUACUCUUCCUAUGGUUUACAAUUUUGUAAGUCAUGUCAAGAAACAAAUGAAUACAGAAAUGACUUUCUGUAAGGGAUCAGCAAGAGACAUUUGGUCUGAAGUUAAUCAACUAAGAACAUUUGCAAUUGAUCCUAAAAACAGAACUGCACGUAAUGCUGAAUAUGAUGGUGGAGAUGGUGGUAGUCGUUAUGAUGCUGGAAAAGGUUCUCAAUCAUCAGCUCCUGCUCAAACAGUUAUCUCAUCUGCUUCAUCAUCAAUAGAUAAUUCAGCUUGUGAUGGUUGUUGUCUUCCAGGGCCUCCUGGACCAACAGGAGCACCAGGAAAAGCUGGAAAACCAGGUAAACCAGGAGCACCAGGAUUACCAGGAAAUUCUGGAUUACCACCUGUUCAACCUUGUGAACCAGCAACACCACCACCAUGCCAUCCAUGCCCACCAGGACCACCAGGACCACCAGGUCCACCAGGAUUUCCAGGUGAGCCUGGAACACCAGGAUUACCAGGAAAACCAGGUGAAGAUGGAACACCAGGAGAAAAUGGUCCAAGAGGACCUCCAGGACCAGUAGGAGAAGCAGGUCAACCAGGACCAAGCGGACCACCAGGAAAUCCAGCUGCAAAUGAACCACCAGUUAUUGGUGAACAAGGACCACCAGGAGAACCAGGAAAUCCAGGACCUCCAGGACCAACAGGACCACUAGGAAGUGAUGGCUCAGAUGGUCCACCAGGACCUAAAGGACCAACAGGACCAGAAGGAGAUAUCGGAGCACCAGGACCACAAGGACCUCCAGGAGAAGCAGGAGAAGUAGGAGUACCAGGAGAAAAAGGUAUCUGUCCAAAAUAUUGUGCAAUCGAUGGAGGAAUCUUUUUCGAAGAUGGAACCAGACGUUAA